AUGCUAUUCGAUGAAACGGAUACAGAGGAAAGUGGCGACUCAGAGAGUGAUAUGAGCAGUUUGGAUAAUGGCUUUUCCAGAAUGCAGUUCGAAUCAUCAAGUUCCGAAGAACAAGUUACGUAUGAUGGCGAUGAUGAUGUGGAUUCACAAGUCUGGAGCGAAAUAGAAUCAGAAUCGGAUAUUGAAUUCUCGGAGGGUUAUGGAAUGAUAGAAGAAGUACCGGCAAAUUCGGAAGGUAGUGCGAUCAAUCCUAUUGAUUGCUACCGACAUUUCACCACUGAUGAGAUUAUUAGUCUCAUGGUUCGUGAAACCAAUCGAUAUGCAGAACAACACGUACAAACGCAGGAGCUUACCAGGAGAUCGAAGACUCUUCAAUGGAAACCAACUACUAAUGAAGAAAUGCUCAAAUUUUUGGGCAUAAUUAUUCAAAUGGGAUUAGUACGAAUGCCAGAAAUAGAAUAUUACUGGAGCAAAAGCAAGCUGUUUGGAUCCGAAGUCAUUCAAAAUACGAUGUCAAGGGAUAGAUUUGAAUUACUUCUCAAAUUUUUUCAUUUGUUGAAUAACCAAGAAGAGCAUGCUGACCAAGACAGACUGUUCAAGCUGAGACCACUUUUAGAUUCAUUGAGAGCUAGAUUCAAGUCAAUUUACGUUCCUGGCUCCGUUAUUUCUAUUGACGAAUCAAUGGUACCAUGGGAGGGAAGACUUUUAUUCAAACAAUAUAUUCCUGGAAAAGCGCACAAAUAUGGAGUCAAGAUAUUUAAGCUGGCGAGUACUAAUGGAUACACCUGGAAUUUUAUGGUUUACACUAGCAAGCAGGCUCCAACGGCUGGUCUUGGGCAUGCUCAAACUGUCGUACUCGAUUUGGCAGAUGGUCUUCUCGAAUGUCAUCGAACUGUAGUAGUUGACAACUUCUUUACAAGUAUUUCUCUCACAGAAAGCUUAUUGCAAAAUGAUACUUAUCUUAUUGGAACACUGAGAAGCAAUCGCGCUCGAUCGGGGCAAGGUGUAGUUCAGAAAAAGCUGAAACGUGGUGAAGUUUAUUGGCUCCAGAGUAAUGGUGGUAUAAAACUAAUUAAGUGGAAAGAUAAACGAGAUGUUUUGAUGAUAUCUACAAAACCAUCGCAUUCGGCAACGUUGGUAGACACCGGAAAAACCAAUAAAGCCAAUCAACGCAUCAUGAAACCAUCAGUUGUUCUCGAUUACAAUAAAGGAAAACAAGGUAUAGAUUUGUCUGAUCAGUUAUCAGCAUACUAUACAUGCCUUCGACGGUCAAAAAAAUGGUAUCACACAGUGGCAUUUGAGAUGAUAUUUGGAGUGUCUAUAGUGAAUGCUUACUUGAUUUACAAAGAAUAUUAUGGUACGAACAUUAUGACGAUAUUACAGUUUCGUGAAAGUCUAGUGCGAUCUUUACUUCUUGGCGUGCCAUUCAAGAAUGUCAAACCUGGUCCCAGAGAACGCUCAACAAGCCAAACGAAGCGCAAGCUUGCAGAUCACGAGCUCGAACAGAUGGAAGAAUCUGGCCGCGAUGUUCGAAGACGUUGUGCUGGCUGCUAUGCGAAAAUCAGAGAAAAUUCUCUUUCCCAAGGAAAAUAUGAAGUUCACACCGGUGUUCAGCAUGAUGUCUCCAACGAGAAGGUGAAGAUUUCUUCAGAUGAAACAAGUUCUUCUGGCGAAACACUGAUUUCUUGA